ACAUUAGGAUAUGAAGUAGAGAUUUGACCCUGCCUUUAUGUGGCGCGCAUGGCUGUUCCGUUCAGUUAAACUGUGAUAGCAGCUGACGAGUGUAGCGCGAGAAGCCGAGGGAGGGACAUAUUCUAAAAUUGUAUCGAUGUUAUUUAAGAAUGUUGCGUUUGGGAAUACACAAUUUUAACUGAAAACGUGACUUCUUUUAAGCUGCUUUAAAGGAAUCCUUAACGAUGGAUGAACAAAGGCGCCGAUGGGAGUACUGGUUGAUUUCUCUGUGUUUCUCCUUUCUUUUCGGCUUUGGACAGCAGGUUUCAGCCCAGAUACGAUACACUAUUCCAGAAGAGGUGAAAGAGGGAUCCGUUGUGGGAAAUAUUGCUAAGGAUCUGGGACUUGACGUGAGUACGUUGGUGGGCAGACGGUUCCGUAUAGUCUCUGGGUCUAAAGACGCGUUUUUUCAAAUAAAUCAGAACAAUGGCGAAUUGUAUAUUCACAAAAGCGUAGACAGGGAGGCGCUUUGUGAAGGAAAUGGUGCAUGCGUAGUAAAUCUAAAAACUGCAGUCGAAAAUCCUUUAGAAAUUCACUAUGUUGCAGUAGAAAUAACAGACAUAAACGACAACCAUCCUAGUUUUUCUGAACAGAAUCAGCAUUUCGAGAUUGCAGAACACACCCCUACAGGAACGAGCUUCCAGCUGCACGCAGCACGAGACCAGGAUGCCGCACCAUAUUCUGUUCGUUUGUAUAAAUUAAGUCUGGAUGAAAAUUUCGAGAUUGACAUUAGAGACAGCGAUGAGGACAAAAUCCCCUUUUUAGUGUUGAGGAAACCACUCGAUCGCGAAAAUAAGGCAGAACAUUUGCUGAUUUUGAAAGCCCUCGAUGGUGGAAACCCUCCCAAAUCAGGUACCCUUAACAUCACCGUUACCGUAUUGGAUAUUAAUGAUAAUCGCCCAGUGUUCAGUCAAGACCCAUAUUCUGUCAAUUUACAAGAAAAUUCCCCAAUUGGAACUACUGUAAUUAAAAUAAAGGCAACUGACAGGGACGAGGGCUCAAACAGUGAAAUUGAGUAUUCACUUGGCAAAACUUUAAAGCGCAAAGUUUAUGACGUAUUUCAAUUGGAUAGCAUUACAGGCGAAAUAAAAAUUAAAGGCAAUGUAGACUUUGAAGACACGGACGUUUACAAACUGGAUGUUCAGGCUUCAGAUAAAGGUCAGCCUCCUUUGUCUGCCCAAGGACGAGUUAUUAUAAAGAUACAAGAUAUAAACGAUAAUAAGCCUGAAAUUGAACUGACAUCAUUAUCUAAUAUUGUUGCCGAGGACUCCAAACCUGGCACAGUAAUUGCUUUGAUAAGUGUCUCAGAUAAAGACUCUGGUGUCAAUGGUAAAGUUGUGUGUAGUCUCUCAGAUAAUGUUCCUUUUGAGCUGAAACCCUCUUUCCAAGAUAAUAUGUACUCGCUAGUGACAAAGGGGCGUUUGGAUCGUGAACUUGUGCCCCACUAUGACAUCAUAGUUACAGCAACAGAUCUAGGUCAGCCCCCUUUAUCAUCCAUUAAAACAUUAAGCAUCCAAGUAGCAGAUGUGAAUGACAACAAACCUGAGUUUUCUAGUAAUUUCCUUGAACUUUACAUUUUUGAAAAUAAUGCUCCCGGCACCUCAAUAUUCUCAGUGAGAGCAUCUGAUAAAGAUGUGAAUGAAAAUGCUUUGAUUUCGUAUCAUAUAAAUAGAGGUGGAGGGACACAGAACGACAUAACGUCAUUCUUGAAUAUAAAUUCGGAAACAGGGGUCAUUCACUCGCUUAAAAGUUUUGAUUUCGAAACAAUUAAAACGUUUCAGUUUUACGUACUCGCUAGAGACUCUGGAAGUCCGUCUCUGAGCAGUAACGUCACAGUGAACGUGUUUAUUCUGGAUCAGAACGACAACGUUCCAGUGAUCUUAUAUCCAGUCAGCGCUAACGGUUCUGCUGAGGGUGUGGAAGAGAUUCCCCGGAAUGUGAACGCUGGUCAUUUGGUCACUAAAGUCAGAGCCUAUGACGCAGAUAUAGGAUACAACGGCUGGUUAUUGUUUUCACUGCAGGAAGUUAGUGACCACAGUCUCUUUAGUUUGGACCGCUAUACAGGACAGAUAAGAACCCUUCGCUCAUUCACAGAAACAGACGAGGCCCAGCAUAAACUGCUCAUACUGGUCAAAGACAAUGGGAACGUUUCACUCUCAGCAACAGCGACUGUGAUUGUCAAAGUUGUGGAGCCCAAAGAGGCUUUUGCAGCUUCUGAUGUUAAAAACGCAGUAAAAGACGAGGAGGAAAACGACGUGACAUUUUAUCUGAUCAUCACUUUGGGCUCGGUUUCAGUGCUUUUUGUCAUCAGCAUCAUCGUGUUGAUUGUGAUGCAGUGCUCUAAAUCUACAAACUAUUCGUCCAAGUAUUUACAGGAGACAAAUUACGACGGGACUCUGUGUCACAGCAUCCAGUACAGAUCUGGAGACAAACGGUACAUGUUAGUUGGACCCAGAAUGAGUAUCGGCUCUACAAUAGCGCCAGGCAGUAAUAGGAAUACUCUAGUGAUACCAGAUCGCAGGAGGAGAGAUUCUGGAGAGGUAAGCAAAUCACUUCUACAUCUGUCCAACUGGCAGAUUGUGAUGCAUUACAGCUGUGAGAUCGCGAGGUGUCAGUGUAAUCCUAGAAUCCUUGUCUGUAUUAUAUUCAGAAUGGAACAAAGAAGAUUCGCGCAAUGGCUGAAAGAGCACGCAAAAUUCACUCUAAUGGCUGCAUUGCUUGUGUUUGGUGCGGUGGCACGAGCGCAAAUUCAGUACUCCAUCUCAGAGGAGCAGAGGGACGGAGCUGCGGUGGGAAAUAUCGCGAAGGAUUUGGGCAUAGAUCACAGAACCUUAAAGGAGCGAGGAUUUCGCAUCGUCUCGACCUCAGGCCAGUCAAUGUUCACUGUGAAUAAGAACGACGGUGUCUUGUAUGUAAACGGUAAGAUAGAUAGAGAGGAGAUCUGCGAGAGAAGCACUCCGUGUUUAAUCAAUCUAAAAAUCGCAUUAGAAAACCCACUUGAAAUCCACUAUGUAACUAUUGAAGUUUUGGACAUAAACGACCACGUCCCGAGUUUUCCGGAAAGCGAGAUGCAUUUAGAGAUUGGGGAAUCUGCCCUGCCCGGUGCGCGCUUUCAGCUUGAGGCUGCGCGCGAUUCUGAUAGUGGCAGCAAUUCUGUGCAUCAUUACAAACUCAGUCACAAUGAUAAUUUCCGACUUGAAGUCAAAGAUCGCGGAGAAGACGGUAAAAUUCCUAUCUUGAUUUUACAAAAGCCUUUAGACCGUGAGGUUAUUCGAAACAUUAUUUUGCAAUUAAUUGCUGUUGAUGGGGGAAAGCCUGCCAAGUCUGGGACAAUGGAGAUAACAAUUAAUGUUCUAGAUAUAAAUGAUAACUUUCCUGUGUUUACAAAAGAGGUUUAUUCAGUCAUGCUGAAUGAAAAUGCGCCUAUAGGUACCACCGUGAUACAGGUCAACGCCACAGAUUUGGAUGAGGGCCCUAAUGGUGAGAUAAUUUAUUCAUUUGGUAAAAGUGUUAAUAGUAAAAUACGAAAGCUGUUUGAUAUUAACAACAUCACUGGUGAAAUAACUGUAAAGGGACUAUUAGAUUUUGAAGACAAAGACAGCUAUGAGGUUGAUAUACAAGCAUCUGACAAGGGAUUAAUUCCCAUGAUUACUGAUAAGAGCGUGACCAUAAAGAUAGUUGAUGUAAAUGAUAAUGCUCCUGAAAUAGAGGUGACAUCAUUUUCAAACUCCAUUCCAGAGGAUUCUAGACCUGGUACUACUGUGGCUUUGAUUGGUGUAUUUGAUUUAGAUUCUGGACUCAAUGGAAAAGUAUCUUGCUCUUUAGAAGAUGACAUGCCUUUCAAACUAAUACCUUCUUCACAGCAUAGUACAUACUCAUUAGUUUCCACAUCACCUUUAGACAGGGAAACUAAAUUUCAGUAUGACAUCACAAUAGUUGCAAAGGAUGCAGGACAGCCAUCACUGUCUUCUGUUAAAACUAUAACUGUUCUGAUAUCAGAUGUAAAUGACAAUAGUCCGGAAUUCUCAUUCUCUCCGUAUGCGUUUUAUGUGAUAGAAAAUAAUGUCCCAGGCAAAUUAUUAUUUUCUGUGUCUGCUUCUGACAAAGACUCAAAUGAAAAUGCUGUAGUUAGCUAUCAUAUAUGGAGAGAAAAUACAGAGGGAAACAAAUAUACAUCUUUCAUCAAUAUUAACCCUGAAAAUGGAGAGAUUUAUGCGCUCAAGAGCUUUGACUUUGAAACCGUAAAAACUUUCCAGUUCCAUGUUAUUGCUACAGACUCUGGAAGUCCGUCUCUGAGCAGUAACGUGACAGUGAACGUGUUUAUUCUGGAUCAGAACGACAACGUUCCCGUGAUCUUAUAUCCAGUCAGCGCUAACGGUUCUGCUGAGGGUGUGGAAGAGAUUCCCCGGAAUGUGAACGCUGGUCAUUUGGUGUCUAAAGUCAGAGCCUAUGACGCAGAUAUAGGAUACAACGGCUGGUUAUUGUUUUCACUGCCGGAAGUUAGUGACCACAGUCUCUUUAGUUUGGACCGCUAUACAGGACAGAUAAGAACCCUUCGCUCAUUCACAGAAACAGACGAGGCCCAGCAUAAACUGGUCAUACUGGUCAAAGACAAUGGGAACGUUUCACUCUCAGCAACAGCGACUGUGAUUGUCAAAGUUGUGGAGCCCAAAGAGGCUUUUGCAGCUUCUGAUGUUAAAAACGCAGUAAAAGACGAGGAGGAAAACGACGUGACAUUUUAUCUGAUCAUCACUUUGGGCUCGGUUUCAGUGCUUUUUGUCAUCAGCAUCAUCGUGUUGAUUGUGAUGCAGUGCUCUAAAUCUACAGACUAUUCGUCCAAGUAUUUACAGGAGACAAAUUACGACGGGACUCUGUGUCACAGCAUCCAGUACAGAUCUGGAGACAAACGGUACAUGUUAGUUGGACCCAGAAUGAGUAUCGGCUCUACAAUAGCGCCAGGCACUAAUAGGAAUACUCUAGUGAUACCAGAUCGCAGGAGGAGAGAUUCUGGAGAGGUAAGCAAAUGA